AUGGAGUCAAGCGCCAAACGAGAUACUAUUCUACCAAAUAGAUUGUGGCCAAAUAGACGAGAUGCCAAUGCAAGAAAUUCCGACUUCAAUACAAGAGACGAUGAUGUGAAUGAGGACACUGAGGGAGAAGCAAGCCCGCCGAAAAAGCAGAAAAGCCAUGUACACCGAAUGGACGUUCCCCUCAAACCAAGCGAAAAGAGCGCAUCUCUGCCUCCUUCCAGGAAAAGGUCACUAGACAAGUAUCACAAAUCGUACAACAUUGACCAGGCUGGAACAGGAGUAAUAGCCUUGAAAGACACUGAUGACAACAUGCUCACGCACAGCGAGUCGGAGCGGGGGCGGUACAACGACGCUAUCGAGCUUCUCAAUUCCAGACGUGCCAGUGCGCAGCCGAGUCUGGAGCAAAUGAGAGGUUCGGAUGAUAUGACAAAAUGGUUGGGGUUACUCGGUUAUUCUCAAACCCACCUAAGGACGUUAAACGUCAUACAUGUAGCCGGCACCAGUGGGAAAGGAAGCACCUGCGCAUAUAUCUCGUCCAUGCUCCAGAGCUCCGGGUGCAAGGUCGGACUCUAUACUUCGCCACAUCUUCUUAGCAUCCGUGAGAGAAUUCGUAUCAAUGGCAAGCCGAUAGAGGAAGACGCCUUUGCGAGUGCCUUUUUCGAAAUAUGGGAUAAACUGCCACGUGAGGCUAGUGCCGACAUAGACAUUCCCCGGUACCUCCAGCUUUUGACCCUUCUCUCUUUCCAUGUCUUUCUCAAAGCAAAGGUUGAUGUUGCAGUCUAUGAGCCACACAUGGGUGGCGAGUACGAUGCGACGAAUGUCGUAUCAUCACCCGUCGUGACAGCGGUGACUCGAAUAGCAGAAGACCAUGUCAAAUUUCUCGGACCCACUAUUGAAAACAUCGCUUGGCAGAAGGCGGGGAUCUUUAAGCCUCGUUGUCCGGCUAUCUCGUCACCCCAAAAUGAAAAUGUUGCUAAGGUGCUUGAGCAACGUGCCAACGAGAAAGACGUGAUGCUGUUAUUUGUUGAGCCUGAUUCAUCACUGCAAGUGACAAGAUUUCAGAAAGAAAACUGCUCACUUGCCAAAGCAGUGGUCCAGACAUGGAUAUCACUCAGGGAGCCCGAUAGAUUGACGAACCUGACCAAAUUUAUUGACCUUGGCAUUGAGAAAUUUGAUUGGCCUGGCCGUUACCAGCAGAUAGAAGAAGGCAAUCACACAUGGUUCCUUGACGGUGCUCAUAAUAAGUCAGGUCUGCCCACUGCGGUAUCAUGGUUUGCCGAGAUGAGCGAAUCACAAAGUUUCAACAUCCACCCCUUGAGGAUGGUCAUCUUCAGCCAUUUCUCAGACCGUGAUGGCGCCGAACUUUUACGCGUUAUCAAGGAAUCCCUCGAUAGGGAAGGUCUCGAAAUAGAGCACAUGAUAUUGACUACGUACACUGAAAGACAGGACACACAGGCAAAGAUCGACAGAAACCUCAAGGCCCGCUCUUCAGUGGAAAAGUUACAUGCGUACGCCGGUGCUUGGAGAGCAUACAAACCUAGUAGUACGGUAUAUGUUGAAGGGACAAUUGAAGGUGCCCUGGAGAAGGCUCGAAGCUUGCAUUUAGUGAGCGGUGCACUGGGAAUUCUUGAGACCAAAGGGAACUGA